AUGCCUGAGUUGAAGAAGAAAGGAGCACACAAUUGGAGCAUUGUGAAAGAGGAGAUCAGAAAGCUCUAUCCAGAGCUGAUUGAUGAGAUUCUCUAUGUGGACAAGGAUGCAAGCAAGCUGUUCAAAUUUGCUAAUGUAGUCAGGCUAGCAGACCAUGUUCUUCUAGCAGGGCAGACAGAGGCAGGCCAAGACCAGACAGUAAUGUUGCCAAAGGAGAAGCCAGAGAAAGAAGCAGGAGACAAGUAUGCAAAGAUUGUGAGGAAGCUUAAUGAGUUACAAGCCCAGGUCAACAAAGCAAGCAAGUCCAGGAAGAUGCUAAUGAAUCAAGCAUGCAAAACUGACCAAUCUACUGAUUCUGUGAAAUCCGACCUGAAGCACAAGAGGACCUACAACUUUUGUGGAAAGUAA